CACCCUCACUCCCACUCACAAACACACACAAUUUAGCUUAGCUUAAGCCACUUGAUCUCAAGCUCAAGCUUAAAAUUAGCUUAAGAUUAAGCCAUUAAUUAGCCAAGCUAACUAAGCAAGCAAGAUCUUGUUGAGGAGAUGAUGGCAAGCGACGGCAGCGCGAGCCCGGCCAGCUGCGGCGGCGCGGCGUGCGGGGUGUGCGGCGGCGCGGCGACGGUGUACUGCGCGGCGGACGCGGCGGCGCUCUGCGUGCCGUGCGACGCCGCGGUGCACGCGGCCAACCCGCUGGCGUCGCGCCACGACCGCGUGCCGCUCGCGGUCGCCAUGGCGGCGGCGAGCUCCGGGGUGUACGACCACCUGUUCGCGCCCGACGACGACGCCGCCUCGUCAUGGGCUGCCGCCGCGGCGGCGGGGGCGGCGGUGCAGGGGCAGGGGCAGGGGAGCCCCAACGACAGCUCGUCGAGCUUCACCAACGACAGCGCCGGCGGCGGCGGCGGCGGCGGCGCCGAGAGGAGCCUCUUUGACCUGCUCUCCGACGUCGACAUCAUGUCCUGCGGCGGCGGCGGCCUCGCGUCGUCGUUCGACGGCGCCGCCGCGCCGCCGCUGUGGCUGCACCCAGGCCAGCUCGCCGCGUUGACGCCGUGGUCACCGGCCGACUCCGUCGUCGUCCCGACCUCGGCGGCCGGCGCGGUCGCCGCGGCGGCGGCGGCGAGGGAGGAGAGGGUGAGGCGCUACCGGGAGAAGCGCAAGAACCGCAAGUUCCAGAAGACCAUCCGCUACGCCUCACGCAAGGCCUACGCCGAGGCGCGGCCGAGGAUCAAGGGCCGCUUCGUCAAGCGCGCCACCACCGCCGCCGCCUCCUCGUCAUCGGACGACGACAGCACGGCCGCCGCCGGAGUCAGCGGCGCCGGCGGCGCCGGCGCCGCCGCCACGAAGGAGGCCAAGUUCUGGCUCUCCUUCUCCGACGACGGCCGCGCCGACGGCGUAGGGUUCUACAUGGACAGCACCACCGCUGCCACCGCGGCCUACGGCGUCGUGCCAACCUUCUAGAAAGUUCCAGAAACCCCUCUCCCAAUGGGCGCCAACGCGGCAACGGCAAUGGCGUUUGCCCGUCUUAAGACAAACAUUAAGAAAAGGGCAACAUGUCAUAAUCUCGCCGUCAUGCUAAUGGUGGCGCAUGGUGUUCAUGUCGUCGUCUUCUUCGCCGUCGCUUUCUGAUUCCGUGGUGGAAACCCGCAUCACUAUUUUUAACUGCUGAUGCGGGUUUUCGGUGGGUGGAAUUCCAAAUUCCAUCGGUUAAAAUUAGGGGGAUUAUUAUUAAUGCAUUGUGACUUUUGUAAGAUAACUCAUGUAGUUAAUUUCUAUGGUUCAGUGCUGAAAUAAUAAAAAAAAUCCAAUGUGAUUUUUCUCUUAUGA